CACUAUUUUCAUCUAUGGCCGGCAAGCUCAUGAGCAGAAAAGAAAAUUGUUUGUAAUCUAGUAAGAAGAAAAGGAGAGACUAAUAUUCCCUUCAAUGGCAGAGAUGAAUAACAUUGUUUCUGGUGCAAAUAUUCACAUCAACACACACAGAAAGAUUGUGAGUGUGAGCAGUGAGACUAGUGACAGUGUUGAAAUGGAGGCCAAUAUGAAAGAAACUGCAGGCGAUCUUUUGCAUCCCAGUAUAAAUGGAUGGUUUGCUGAGCAUUGCCCAAUUUGGCCAGGACAAGCACAUUUUUUAAAGGUUGAAAAAGUUUUAUUUGAGGGUAAGUCAAAGUACCAAAGCAUGAUGGUGUUUCAGUCAUCAGGAUAUGGCAAGGUGUUUGUGUUGGACGGGGCUCUCCAACUGACAGAGAAGGAUGAAUGUUCAUAUCAAGAAAUGAUGACUCACCUUCCUCUUUGCUCCAUUCCAGACCCCAACAAGGUGUUGCUUAUUGGUGGAGGAGAUGGUGGCAUCCUCAGGGAAAUCUCUCGCCACACUUCUGUCGACCAUAUUGAUAUAUGCGAGAUCGACACAAUGCUGAUUGACGUGUACAAGGAAUUCUUUCCGGAUAUUGCCAUUGGAUACGAUGACCCUCGUGUAACACUUCAUGUUCAAGAUGGAACUGCGUUUCUGAAGUCUGUUCCAAAUGCUACCUAUGAUGCAAUAAUAGUGGAUGCGUUUGACCCAAUAAGACCUGAACAUGAGCUUUUUGACAGUCCAUUCUUUGAGUUGGCAGCAAAAGCUCUCCGUCCAGGAGGAGUGAUGUGUAUCCAGGCCGAAAGCCUGUGGUAUCAGCCAUUCGAUAUUGAGCAACUCAUUUCAAGUUUUCGCCAUAUUUUCAAAGGAUCUAUCAGCUAUGCAUGGACUGUUGUUCCUACAUAUCCUAGUGGCGUGAUUGGUUUCUUGCUUUGCUCAACCGAAGGGCCAUAUGUCGACUUCAAAAAGCCUAUCAACCCCAUCGAUCCCAACCAAUGUUCAGGCGUAGCCAAACUACCCUUGAAAUUUUACAACUCAGAGGUACACUCAGCUGCAUUUUGUUUGCCAACUUUUGCGAAAAAGGCAAUUGCCUUCAAUGUUUGAGGUGUUGUGAGAAUUAUGAGUUGUUAUAGGUGGGCAAUGUUGGACAUUGCGCAAAGCAAAUUUGCAAUAAAGUUUUAGAAAUAUAUAACUUUGCAUAUACCAAACGCAAGGUUUCACCCUUUCCUCCCAUUCUGAAAUGUGAGAAAAUCAUUAUUUGAAAUUUGCUGAUCAUUCUAAUAAUAAAAGAC